CCCAGCCGAGCCGCGGGCCGCCUGUCUCCUCAGCCCGAACCCGGGCCGUCGAUCUUCUCAGCCCCGAGCCGGGCCGCCGAUCUCCUCAGCCGAACCGGGCCGCCGGACUCCUCAGCCCGCGCCGGGGUCGCGGGUCUCCUCAGCCGGCGCCGGGGUCGCGGGUCUCCUCAGCCCGCGCCGGGGUCGCCGGUCUCCUCAGCCCGCGCCGGGGUCGCCGGUCUCCUCAGCCCGCGCCGGGGUCGCCGAUCUCCUCGGCCCGCGGCGGAGCCGCCCGUCUCCUCGGCCCGCGCCCCCGGCCCCGCGCCCCGCGCGCGUCUCCCGCGGCGCGAGGGGGCGCGGCCGGGAUGCCGGCCGUGUGGUGAGCGGCGCGGAGCCAUGUCCGGCGCGCGCUGCCGGACCCUGUACCCCUUCUCCGGGGAGCGGCACGGCCAGGGGCUGCGCUUCGCCGAGGGCGAGCUGCUCACGCUGCUGCAGGUCCCGGACGGCGGCUGGUGGGAGGGCGAGAAGGACGACGGCGGCCGCGGCUGGUUUCCCGCGAGCUACGUGCAGCUGCUGGAGGACUCAACCAGUUAAGAAAGAGAAAGAAAAGAGAAGAAAAACAGAAUGGACAGAGGCAAGAAGGAGUGGGAAAGAGAAAGGAAAGGAAAAUUUAAAAGCUGCAAUAGGAGUGCAUUCGAUUUGGGGCACCAGAGAGCUAGUACAGUGGAAGCCUGGGAUGGUUCCCCCUCCGCCUGGAGAGGAAAGCCAGGUUGUUAUUCUUCCACCCGGCUGGCAAAGCUACUUGUCUCCUCAGGGUCGGCGUUAUUAUGUCAACACAACCACCAAUGAGACCACCUGGGAGCGUCCCAGCGGUUCUUCUGGGAUUCCAGCCAGCCCUGGCCCUCACAGGAGCGCUCUGCUUCCGACAGUGAAUGGAUACCAUGCAUCAGGGACCCCAGCGCACCCUCCAGAGACUGCCCACAUGAGUGUCCGAAAAUCCACCGUUGAUUCUCAGAACCUGGGCACGUCAUCACCAGGCAAAAGGCAGAGCAAGGAAAGCACCAUCACGAUAAACUGCGUAACAUUCCCUCACCCAGAUACAAUGCCAGAGCAGCAGCUGCUAAAACCCACAGAGUGGAGCUACUGUGACUAUUUCUGGGCUGAUAAGAAGGACCCCCAAGGUAAUGGCACUGUUGCUGGGUUUGAACUACUGCUUCAGAAGCAACUCAAAGGCAAACAGAUGCAGAAGGAAAUGUCAGAAUUCAUUCGAGAAAGGAUAAAGAUUGAAGAAGAAUAUGCAAAGAACUUAGCCAAGCUUUCUCAGAACUCCUUGGCUGCACAGGAGGAAGGCUCCUUGGGAGAAGCAUGGGCACAAGUGAAGAAGAGCCUAGCAGAUGAGGCUGAAGUUCACCUCAAAUUCUCUGCCAAGCUCCACAGUGAGGUAGAAAAACCCCUAAUGAACUUCCGUGAGAACUUCAAGAAAGACAUGAAAAAGUGUGACCACCACAUUGCUGACCUUCGCAAGCAGCUUGCCAGUCGUUACGCGUCAGUGGAGAAGGCCCGGAAAGCCCUCACGGAGCGUCAGAAAGACCUAGAGAUGAAAACCCAGCAGCUGGAAAUCAAAUUGAGCAACAAGACAGAGGAGGACAUUAAAAAGGCACGAAGGAAGUCCACACAGGCUGGAGAUGACCUCAUGCGCUGUGUGGACCUCUACAAUCAGUCCCAGUCCAAGUGGUUUGAGGAGAUGGUAACGACUACCUUGGAACUGGAACGACUGGAGGUGGAGCGGGUAGAGAUGAUUCGGCAACACCUCUGCCAGUACACUCAACUACGGCAUGAGACAGACAUGUUCAACCAAAGUACAGUUGAGCCUGUUGAUCAGCUGCUUCGAAAAGUGGACCCCGCCAAAGACAGGGAGCUGUGGGUCAAAGAGCACAAGACAGGCAACAUCCGUCCCGUGGACAUGGAGAUCUAAAUGGCAUAUGUGGUCCCAGGGGUACUGGGGCUGGCAGUCCCCACGGAGAGGCAACGGCUUCCACUUGGGAUGUGCAGCUGCGUGACGCUCACUCCUCCCCUCUCCCCUGGUCUACUGAGAAGAAGAAAGCAUAGGUUCCAGCCAGUGAUUUUGAAACUGCCACCUAGACGGACCCACUGGGGAUUUCCCAGUGUCCCCAGACUAAGAAGAUGGAUCCAUAGCUUUGCCCACUCUCCCAGACCGAAGCCCCCCAACUCCUGUGCUGUCCUUGCCACGCUAACAACACUGAGAAUGAAACUUUAUAGUCUUUGCCAAGAAAUGUAGGGGGUCUCCUCCCAUGCAAGAACCAGUUGUGUCACAGGCCCGUGCCCUUGAAAGACCUAAGGCAUCACCUCCAACUGGUCCUUUUGUCUCCGUAGCUCUCAAGGGUCAUUGGCGGAAGGGCUCUGUCUCCAAGUCAAGUUUCAGUAUCAGAAUAAUGGAUAGGAGGUGCCACUCAGCUUCCACCCAGAAUUCUUUGCAGUUCUUUCUCUGGGUUUUUCCCCAUGCAUUCUGGUAAUCCAUAUCUUGUCUCCAUCUGCCACUUUCCAUCACUGGGGUCUUGAGAAGCAGUCUUAUUCCUUGUCUUCCUAGAGUGACUCUGCCCAGAGAGGUCAGGAUAGAGCUAUCUUAUUCAGCAGAUUUACCCACGUCCAAGUAUUGAAUCAACUGAUUAGAACUUGUGUUUUCUGUAAUAUCUGCUUUCUGUACGUUUCCGUACUUUGUUGGUUCAGGGAAGCUCCCUGCUCCCACUCCCAGACUCUCAGUAGAACUCGGUCAGCCUCCUGCAGGAGGUGAGUUGGAACAAGUCCUUGUCACUCCCAGAUGGCUCUACCUGCUCAGAUACAAUGGAGUCGGGACUGCUCUCCUUUGUAGGAUUUCCUUUACUGGCAAGUACUGUGCAGGCAUCACAGAUUCAUGGUCACUGUCAGGUACCACCUGCCAGGGAGUGUUGUACCAGCGAGGCCUUUUAACUACUUCUGUGUGUUUAAGAGACCUGCACCAAACUUCUGUUUGGUGUUGGUAUAUUACCUUCCUCUUGCUUUGCAUCUCAAAUACUGGAAGAGCCUGAUCUGAGUAUGAUCUGGAAUAUUUUCAGUACUGCUAUUGGGUCCUAGCUCAUCACUUUUUUCUGUAUCACAGUAAGCAUGUUCUCUUUCAAGUUAUUAUUGAGAAUCAGUUUGAGGGAACUGGAAAAAGAAAUAGAUUCCAAGAGCCCAUUUUCUCACAGCCUGAGAGCCCAUCAUUCUUGUUGCUCUUGUUUUGUGGUACAGGGGAUUUUGCACCACAACUGUCAAUAAUCAGUAGCUACACCCAGUUUUGUAUUUGGGGCUUGCCCUAGUAAUGAAGUGCUGAGAACAUCGUGUGGUACUGUAAAAACCUCCUGUAUGCAUGCAUGUGCUUAGCUCCUUGAGCUAUCCGUCCAGUUCAUAACCCGUCUUUCUUCAUUUUUCUCACUGAUUGCACUGGAUCUUGAGGUCUCCCAUGAAUACAGUAUUCUAAGAGCGCUACCCACUGACCUUUCUCUAAAUCUCCCAUGCUGAUUACUUGAAUUUUUCAACACUUCUUUCAUUGACUCAGAGGGACAUUACCAUAGUUUAUAGUAGAAAGAUAACAAAUAUCCUAGAGCAAGCCAAAAUGUGCCACUUUUUCCUUCUUAAUGAAAUAUCCCACACAGAAAUGUGAUCAUGAAGGGAUUCACUGUCAUGAAACCCAUCAGAAUAGACCUAUUCCUGGGUAAUAAUACUGGCUACCAAAUUUAGGAUAUUAUUUCUUGAUUUCUUUCUUUACAAUAUGUAACCUGGUAGCCUGGUGAGCAACUUGAUUUAUGAAUGAUAAUCAAACAUGUAAAGCAAUAGUAUUGCCAUUAGCAUAGGUUUUUAAUUUUUGGUUUUGUUUUUGUUGUUGUUUUCUAAGCCAUACUUGGCAACGCUCAGGGACUACUCUUCAGUCAGUUCUUUUGAGUGACUUCCAGGCAGUGCUUUGGGUACCAGAUGGGUACGAUUGAAUGUGGAGCUCUCGCAUGCAAAGCAAGUCGAUUUUGAGCCAUCUUCCUAACCCUAGGUAUUUGAAAUAUGAGAAGUCUCAUUGAUUUUGUCUUUUAAUUUCCACCCAAUAAUUUCAGUUCCAUGUACCUCAUUAUGACAAAUGGUACUCUUUUGCUUCUUUUAGGAUAAACUGGGGAUAGGCCAGUCUAUUGCCAAAGUCAUUCUUUCCUCUCAUUUCCUCCCCUCAAUACUUUUCCUUCCCUCCUUUAUUAAUUUUCCAAGCACUUAGCUAAGGCAGAGCAGUGUGCUAGGACCUGAGAACAAGAUAGAGCCUGUCAUAAGGAUAGAUCAUCAUUUCUAAUUUUGUAAACUUAUCUUUCCAACAGGAAUAAUUCCCUUAGCUUUCAUGAACAGAUUCUCUUCAGACUUUAGAAGUACUAUCUUAUGUUGAUUGAUAUAUAUUCAUUCACUGAACUCAUUCAUUCAUUUAUUAAGUGGAUACCUGGGACAUGCUAGGAAUACUAGAGACAGAGAGAGAUGACAUAAGGCAAUCUAUCAGUCCCCAUUCUAUCCAUAUAUACAAGAAGACCUUUCUGGAUAAUGAGAAUAUUGCACACCUUCCCUACUUAACUCAUGGGGAAUAUAGAUUUAUAAUACACACUACCAACAUAAGGCAUCACAAAAUGGAAGGUGGACAAGAACAAAUAUUAAAUCACCUGGUUGCUAUCCCUCAGGGCCUAAUGUGUAUUUCAGAACUUUUUGUUUUGUUGGGCCACACCAAACAAUGUCCUAAGAUUAUUCCUGGCUAGAUGCUCCGAGUCUGUGAUCUUGUGACCAUGUGGUACCAAGAAUUGAAAUGGGACUUCAUGCAUGCAAAAUAUGUGCUUAAGCCCUUUGAGCUAUUACUCAAAAUAUGUGCUUAAGCCUUUGAGCUAUUACUUCCUCAGCCUCAUGUUCUUUUAAAAUAAAUAUCCCGGCUUUACCUCAGGAAGAAUGAAGUCCAAGGAUGGGCAUUUGGUGCCGUCAACUGACAGUGAAUCACAGAUAGGACUGGAGUUAAGAAUGCAGACCACCCCCCACUUUUUAGCAGGAGUCCCGAUUUGAAUGCAGCUAAAUUUAGUUGAAGUCUAGAACAAGAAUUCUUAAGCUUUUCCCUCUUACUAGCCCUUUUAUGCCUCAGAAGUUUUUACCUGACCCAAGUAAAUCAGUAUACAAAAUAUUUUAUCAAAUAAAAUAUUUACUGUUAAUAAUUUAAAAGUUUUGGGGCUGGAGCAAUAGCACAGUGGGUAGGGUGUUUGCCUUGCAUGGGGCUGACCCGGGUUCGAUUCCCAGCAUCCCAUAUGGUCCCCUGAGCACCGCCAGGAGUAAUUCCUGAGUGCACAGCUAGGAGUAACCCUGUGUAUCUCCAGGUGUGACCCAAAAAGCAAAAAAUAAAUAAAUAAAAUAAUUAAUUAAUUAAAAGUUUAAAACAAUUUUUUAAAUGUUACAUGACUCCAUGUGGGAUUAUUACCCAUCGUGUAAGAAGCAAUGGUCAUUUGAUAUAGCACCGUGGAGUAGCAAGCAUACUUUUUCAGAUGCUGUUUCAUUCAUGUUAAGAUUUAAAGGGGAUUUGGAUGAGUUUGUUCAGAAUAGGUGAAUGUGGGAUUUCUUGAGAAUAUUUUUGUUCUGUUUCUGACAACAACUGAGCACAUUGAGCAUGUCCUCAUCUGGGAGACACUGCAGCAUUUAGUUUUGGCUGUGAAAACCUGAUUUAAAAAUAAGUUGGUAAGGCAAAUAAAUGAGUUCAUGACCGUGACAGCCUCCCCACUUCUUCCUCUCCACUUUCCAUACUGCAUUUAGUCAGUGUUAUGAAAUACAACUAACUGAGCCAUUGAGUUGACAGUUCUGAAGUUCUCCCAGUUGAAUCCCUGGUCUCCUUUCUGCCUUCACCACUGCCUGUUGGUCAGGAAAGAGUUCUUCAGUGGGAGAUACUUCUCCGCUUAUUUGGGCUGAUUAAUGACUGACACAAAUAGAAACAACAUCCACAUUUAUUAACUCUGGGUUAAUAAAUCUUCUUCUGUGAAGACAAAUCAAUUAUUAGUAAAGCCCAUCCUCGAAAUUCAAGCCAUAGAAUUCAAAGAAUGUCCAAGACCUUGGCUUGAUGUUGUGCAUGUCUUCCAAAUCUGCGUGACCUUGAUGAAAAGCAUUUUAAACAGGAGUCAACAGGCCUGCAUAUGAUUUUAUAGGUGGAAAAAGCACUUUACAAAUAUUAAGUGGGGUACAUGCUUACUUAACCAGGAAACCAUCUUUCUCACAAAUCUUCCCACCUCUACAAUUUCCACUUCCUUUUUCUUUUUCUUCCCUGUGGGGGUAGAGGGGUGUGGAUGGUCUUGGUAUCUAGGGAUCAGUGAUACUAAGUUGACCAAGCUAUAUGGUUCAAUCCUAAGCAGUAUGGCACUGCUCCCUGAAACUUUUGGGGACUAGCAGGACUAUCUGGUCAUGAUCAAUGUCUUUAGGGUGGUUCUCAGGGAACUUUGAGGUGCUGGGGCCCUUGAGUAUGAAAUCCAUGCAUUCCUGACCUGUGAGCUAUUUCCAGCCACCACGUUAGCUUCUUCUAAAAUUGUUAAGGUAUUUGAUAUACAGUAUUGGGAUUUAUUUACAUAUAGAAAAAUGCUUCCAUUUGACGUAUAAGUAUCAGUGGAUUUUAACAAGCUUCUAAGAAUCAUAAUCUAAUCCUGUACUUAGACCUUUUCUAUAAUGCCUAAAAUGGAGUUACUUUGAAGUAGCCUUUUGGAUCUGGUUUCUUUCACUAUGUGUAAUGAUUUUGAGUCAUCUGGAUUUUGUGUGUCAGCAGAGAAUUAGCUUAAUCCUUGGAUCGCCACAUUCUGUUCUCCUCAGAUACAGCACCCUGAUUCCUUGCUUUCAAAUGAGUGGUUUACUCUUUGCAGUUCCUAACUCCAGAUCAGCUCGUUUGGGUGUCCAUCACCAGUCUUCUGCUUCUCGUAGUUCCCAAGGCUCUGUCUUCAAAUGCCAGCUGUGUUUACAAGUAGCUCUUGGGCCUCACACUUGCCUUUAGGGUUGAUUUUAGUUUUUUGCCAGGGAUUGGGAGAGGUGCCAACAGACUUUUAUAUGGCCUUUUACUUCUAGGGUUUUCUUUUUUCAACUCUUGCAGUCCUCAGCAUUUUGUGAACAUUAGGAAGUAAGGAAGGCACAUGGAUGUGUCAUGGAUGAGGCAGGGGCUGACCUUGGAUUUAUCACCACCCUUCUUAUGUCUCUGUUGUUUCAUCUGCAGAGUAAAGGUAUUUGUUCUGUUUGUUCUAAGCCUCCAGUUACUAUGACAUAUUUCCUCUCCUCUUUUCCAAUUUUAUGUUCCUGUGCCUUUGGGUAUUCCUAGUCUGAGUCCCAUCAGGACACUUUUUGGGCAUUGCUCAAACAUGGAAUUUCCUGAGUUGUUAAGAAUAAGAUAUCUUCUUAGAAUCCACUAAAAACUUGCAAGGGAUGGGACUGGAGCAAUAGUACAGUGGGUAGGGCAUUUUCCUUGCAUGUGGUCAACCCAGGUUCAAUCCCCCACAUCCCAUAUGGUUCCCCAAGCACCGCCAAAAGUAAUUUUUGAGUGCAGAGCCAGGAGUAAUUCCUGUGUAUUUCUUGGUGUGACUCAAAAAGCAAAAAAAAAUUAAAAAAAAAAACUUGCAAGGGAUUUACAUCUACUUCCAAGAAGAAAGUAUGUUUAUAUAAUUUAGGUCCUUGCUCACCUGGCAGUUACAGUGAGCCUGGCAUAGGCUAUACCGCAAAGGUAGAUGGUGACAGAGACAAAAUCAAACCCAAAGAAUGCCAGUAGACUAGGGGUGUGACCCUUAAAGUAACUACUCUCCUAGGAUAUGUGUCAAAUCUAACACUAAGUAAAAACUAAGCCUGGAAAGCAACAGGCAGCUCUUCUAGAAAACUGAGAGAUUCCUGGAUCCAGGUAAGAUGAGUAAAGUUAAGACAUAGAGGCUGAAUGCACAGGAUCCAGUGAUGGCAAGUGAGAAUUCAAUGCUGCCUAGACACUUUAGGGUUAACUGUUGCCAGAGAAUUUUGUCCAAAACUCCUUCCUAAAGUAUUGGGGUUUUUUUGGGUCCUUUCCUAAAAGUGAAGAAUGUAAUUCUUGUAACAAAUGUGGUUAAGAAUAAUACAGGAGACAGAGCCCAGUGUUCUGUUUCCAUUAAACCGCAACGCUAGAGCCUUUGGUGGAAGUUGCUCUGAGAAAGAAGGGCCACGAUGCCUGGGAUCUUUGUAUGCUGUUCAGGGGAUAGUAACAUGUAUGUUUGAGGAAAAUUCUCAGUGGGAUUGCAAAGGUAGAUUGCAAAGACCCAGUGUGUAUGGGUGCUGGGGACAUUAUGAUACGGUGGCAGAAAGAAAAAACAUAUGGUAUCAGGGUAAGAGCACUGAACUGACUUUGUUCCAUUGUUUCACUUGUGCUGUGACCUAAAGAUAAAUGAUAGCCUCUCCUGGACCCUGCCUACUAACUGACCAGUGAAGGCACACCUCCUUCCAGCAUUUCAUGAGCAGACACAUCUCAGUAGCUGUGGACCCCAGGGACAGACAUUUAUGAGAGAACCCUGGGUGACAUACAUGCCAAAUUUUCAUUCCUUUCCAUUCUAUUCAAACUUCCACCCCGAUUUUGGAAGAAGUUAUUUAUGGUAGCCCUUCCACAAACCCUACAUCACCAGGCCCUAUGAAAGUAGAAUUUUCUAACAAAUAAACUGCUUGAUUGGUUUGUUUUCUGUAACUUUUGCUAAAUACUUUAUAUAUUUUUAAUGUUCAAAAACUAUGUGUCCUGCCAGCUUUCCUCAUCCUGGUAAGAAUGUGUUUACUUCACACCAUUAUAUAUCCUUUCAUCCCUGGCUGCCUAUAUAAAAAACAUAAUAAUAAAAUAUAUGUACUAUAAUUUGUAGGUAACACUGUUGAAAUUCUAAUCCUUAUGGAAGCUGUAAUCCACCUAUUCCCACCCACAAUAAUAGAAUUUGUGUAUAUUAAUAUGAAGAAUUAAGUGUUUAAAGAGUUUAAAUUUUGAAGGUAUUUGCUAUAAAUAAUUGUUCUGCAUUAUAAAGCAUUUUCAGGAAGUGAAAUGCUCUUGCUUUAUUUUUUUUGGCUUUGUGUGUGUACUUGAAAUGCUUAGAUUCAUCUCAUUUAAAAUAAACUCUGCAGAGAAACUGGA